AUGCGUUACUGGCAUCUAUUCCCUGAAGAAGCAAUAGAGCAGAUAGUGAAGAAGAGGAUUGGAAAGGCCAAAUCAAAGCCUUCAGAAUACCAUCUAUUGCUGCAUAAACAAAAGUUUCUCUUGCACAAACAAGCAGUGCAGGAGUCGUGGAUGAUUGCUCUGGAUCUGAAAAAGAUGCAUUUAUGUCAUAGUAUGCCAAAUGCAGAUGUUCAUGAAUUUGACCAGUUGUCCUUGAAAAGUACUUUCGGAUGGGAGUCCGAGACAAGUUUUCCUAAGCUUAGUGUACUUGGAGAUGUGAUAGAGUCUCUAGCUGGGGCGAUUCUUGUGGAUUCUGGAUACGAUAAAGAUAGAGCUUUGCAGACCAAGCGUACUAAAACUGAGAAUGGUAGAAUCUCUUUCACUAUAGAGGUGGUAAAAGACGAUAUUGUCCUUAAAAGAUUCAGCUGCCUUAGAAUUGCUGUCAAGGUAUGGGCUGUAUUGAAGCAUGGAUUCGUAGCAAAAGGUAUCAUGUGGAAACAGAAGAAGCAUAACAAUAAGAAGUAG